CUCAGGAAGUCACGUGACCGCAGCGCUGACACUCACAACAAAGAUGGCGUCCGCAGUGGGUAGUCGGGGCGGCGCAGCUCCUCUGAUACUAAUCUUCUGUGUUUUUAGGCUGUUUAUUGGAGCCGAAACGUUCAACAGACAGGUCACCUUUGAGAUGAAUCCUGGUUCUCAUUCUACCCCCCCUUCUGAUGGAGACCUGCUACAUGUGAGAGCUGUGGGAGACAAUGACACGCUGCACUACCUGCUGAGCAGCCAGGGGGCGCCGACACUGCUGCUAGUCCACACCGACAGCCCGAAUUCCACUGUGCAGGUGAACUGGACUCAGUUUCCGGCUCAUAGCAGCCUGAAGGUGGAGCCAGAGAGCAGCAUCCUGUACAGCGGUGGCGUCGUGUUCAGCCGGCUGUUGGAGUACGAUGAUGUGAACGAUACGGCCAAACCCUCUGAUUUCUUCCCUCCGUACGAGCUGCAGAACUUCAACUGGUCCCGCAUCCAGCUGUUCAAUCUGACCGCUUUGCUCUGCAGCGCCUCCACCACUUUCACCAACGGCUCGCUCUGCCUGCAGCUGUCAGUGUUUGAUUCAGAGGGGCGUGGUGUGACCUGGCCCCGCCUCCUGCACUCUGCUAACUCCUCCCAGCUGGAGUUGUGGCUGAAUGGAGUGUCGCCACGAGCAGCACGCUCCAGGUUCCUGCUGGAGCUGAAGGCUGUGGGCGGGGCUUAUCCUCUAAGCAGGGUGGAAGUCCACCAAUCGAUUGAUGACGAGUUCACGCCGUCCAUAUUCAAGGUGUCUCAGUGGGUUUCCUCACAGAACAGCAGCUCUGAUGUUCUGGGCUUCGCUCAGUGGAAGCCGGUGGCGUACCGCCAACGCAAUCCAGUUCUGGAGGACGCCACGCCGUGCCGCCACUCGGAGCCGCAGCCUCAGAGUGGCGAGGUGACAGCGAAUUCGUCCGCUCUGAUCCAUGCAUUCUACUCAGAACCGAAGGUGGUUGGACUGAACAUGAGCUUCGGCCUCGCUGGAGAACCGUUCUAUAACAACACCAAGUUCCUCAGCUGGACGCUGCUGGUCGGUGUUGGCUCUCCGCCUGUCGACUUCUUCUCUCCGCUGGUUAUAUCCAUCAUGGCGGUCGGUCUGGGAACUCCCAUCUUCCUCCUGCUGCUGGGCGGAGUCUACGUCUGCGUCCGUAAGAGGACGACCUCAACUACGGCCUACGAGCCAAUCAACUAACAGCUGACACGGACAGGUGACAUCACUGUGACAGCCCAGCUCAUCAGCAGCCUGGAGAGUUUGCCUCAGGAACAUGGGACUUGACCUGCCCGCAGUCGACCAAUCAGAACGCAAGGUUCCAGUAUGUUCUGACGAUGAACUGAGAUUUAGGAGUUUUACCUGAACAAAUGACAAAGGUUUUACUCUGAAAUCUGAAUCUAUCUGACUUUUUAUUGUUUGUAUGUUUUUACAUUUCUUCUAAAACUGAUUGGACUUAAUAAAAUGUUGUUUAAAUCCCA